AUGCGAAUGAGGAGCACAAUCGCCAGAACUUGGGCAAGUUUCGAGACGCUUAGCGACGACGACCCGACAACCAGCCCUUCAACGGAAUUGCCAGCUAAGGGUACCGCCAGUUUCGGAAAGCGCCACAACAAGACGCACACUCUGUGCCGUCGUUGUGGCAAGCGGUCUUUCCACAUCCAGAAGUCGACCUGUGCCAACUGCGGCUACCCUGCUGCUAAGACCCGCAAGUACAACUGGAGCGAGAAGGCUAAGCGCCGCAAGACCACCGGCUCCGGCCGCAUGCGCUCCCUGCGUGAUGUCCACCGCCGCUUCCUGAACGGCUUCCAGACCGGUACCCCCAAGGGUGCCCGUGGCCCCGUCACCAACUAA